AUGUCAAAUUUUACUGAUAUAAAUCCUGCGCCACAACAGGCAGAAACAGUCCAAGUUCAGGCGAACUUCAAAGAACCACGGAUAUGUGGUGGUGUUAGUCAGUUUGGAGACGUUGAUCAAGAUGCUGAAGAAAUUUAUAAUAAGCAUAAAAAUUAUAUUGAUGAAAAAAUUCGUUCAAAAUUCAAUCUCGAUGCUGAUGUCAAAUUAGCAGAUAAACCAGCGUCCGUUGCACGUCAAUGUGUGGCUGGAAUAAAUUACUACUUCAGAGUUCAACUACCUGAUUCAAAAAAGUUCGCCACUGUUAAAAUUUUUCAAGGAAUCGGUAAUAAUAAAACUGUAGAAGACCAAAAUGUUGAUGUUCGUGAAACAUUAUCGGACGAUGCCAUCGCCGAUGUUCAUGGACAUUCAUAA